CUUAUAUAUCUGCUCCACCAUCAUUCUUUCUUUUACCCUUCUUUUCUCUCUUAAAGUAAACCAAAGAUUAAGAAAUUAAUAUAUUUAGAGCUUCUUCUCUUCUUUGCCAGAAACUAAAGAUUCUGUUUUGACCCAUCACAGAUCAGUAGCUUCAGACAAGAUCUUAAAGUUCAAAGUGAAAGUAUUGGAUUAGUAUACUAAAUUUUAGAGAUUGUAUUAGUAACUUGCUAAGGUGAAUUAUGAUGGAUGUUAGAACAUUGCAUAACAAUGCUUCUAGUUUCUCUAGAAAUGAUAAUGGUGGAUAUCAUCGUAAUGGAACAACGUUUGUGCAAAGGAGAAAGAUAGAACAUCAGAGGUCUUUCUCACAAGGGCUUGACAGAAAAUUGUUGUCUUCCAAGAGCUAUUUCACAUUGCAGUCAUUGUUUGUGCUCAUUUGUCUAGCGGCUUCAUUGCUGCUACUGCCGCUGAUUCUGCCCCCAUUGCCGCCUCCGCCGCCAUUCAUGUUGCUGCUGUUGCCGGUUUGCUUGGCGGUUGUGCUCAUGUUCUUGGCGUUCAUGCCUUCUAACGUUAGGGAUGUAACUAAUAACUAUUCUUAUAUGUAAUUAGGGGUGGUUGAACAGAGGUUCUUGUGCUCCUGCAAGCUUAUUGUUAUUGUUUAUAUAUACCAAAGGAACUAUACUUUCAUUUUA